ACAGGAUCCUUUCAGGAUUCUGUAAGUCUUUAGAUUGAGUCAGUAGGUGAGUCAGUCAGGGGGAGUAGAGUCUAAGUGGCGAGGAGUGGAACCGGUUGUCUGGUUGUGCACCAAUCACCAUGGUUGACACCCGUAGUGGGAAGAGUAUUGCCCCCUCCGAGGCCGAGCAGGCCCGGAUUGCCGCCCUUUUGAGAGAGAAAAAGGAGAAGAAGGAUCUCCUUAAGCAGGCAAAGUUAAAGGCUAUUGCAAAGGAGCAGGCGGCGAAGAAGAAGAGAUUGGAGGAGGAGAUGUUGAGAUUUCAAAAGAAGAAGAUGCUGCAAAUACAGCCAGAGGAGGAGGAAAGAAGAAGGGCUGCAGAGGAAGAAGCAGCAGCAGAGGAGGAAGAAGAAGAAGAGCCCCUUGAACGAAGACGUGGAGAAGAGAGAGGGGAAGCAAGUGGCACGAAGGAGGAGGAAAGAUGGAGGGAGAAAAAAAUUAGUGAAUGGGUGGCUAAUUUAUCAUUGGGAGAAGAUGAAGAGGCACAAUUAUACGUGUCGCAGGAGGAGAGGGAGGCGUUUGCCAGGGCCCUGGAGCUGAUAGGGGAUCCCCUGGAAAGCCAAGCAACAGAGGAUGAGAAGAAGUUAGAGUGGAAGUUGAAGAUGAUGAGGGAAAAGAAGAGAAGGAGGGAGGAAGUCAGCGGGAUAGCCGGGGAGGUUGAGGGAGUGCGAAUCGGCAGGCAGGAGCUGCAGGCCCAGACAGAGGUCUCUGCCAAAUUAGAUAAGAUGAUGGGCUUCAUGGAAGUCUUGAGUGAGUCUUGGCUGGAGGAGCACCAGGCCCGUAAGGGUCAAGAGGUGACCCUGCAAGCAAUGCGAUCCGGGUUCAGGGAGUUUGCGAGCGACGUGGUGGGCCACGUUAGGUCCGAAAUUAGAAGAUUGAGGGAUGGCAUAGACAAGUUCUGCGCUGGAGCCAUUGAGACCGCCAAAGUUGUGGCCACAACAGAGGCCACGGCGCGUCCACGCAAAGAGCCAGUCAAGUUGAAAUUCCCUGACCCAUAUAGCGGGAAAAAAGAGGAGAAUUUCGAUAACUGGGAGGCCAGCAUAAACACCUAUUGCAUGGACUGGGGAGAGGCAGCAGGGGCCACACUCCACUUAAGAGAGCAUGAGUGUAGGCUCCCUAGUCCGUCUGGCGAGGUUAAGACUGCCCGCCUAUUCCAUGUGUCGGGAGUAGACAACUCCUUGGCGCAUUGCUGUCUAAGUGCUCCCACGUUUGCGCGAUUAGUGAGAAAGGAGCAGUUAGAGGAUCAGGUCUUCGUAGUGUAUGUUAGACCUGUCACUGAGCCUAAUCAAAAAGAUAGUUCCAUGGAUCCAACCAUUGCCAAGCUGCUGAAAGAGUUUAAAGAUCUCACAGAGCCGCCGACAGGAGUAGUGUCGCGGCCGAUCCAGCACAAGAUAGAGAUAGAGCCUGGCAGCAAAACUCCUAAAGGUGCAGUCUACAAGAUAUCCCCUAGAGAGUUAGAGGAGUUGUGCAAGCAACUAGACGAGCUCCUUGAGAAGGGUUGGAUUAGGUCCAGUUCGUCUCCUUUUGGAGCACCAGUUUUAUUUGUCCCCAAGAAAGAAGGAGAGCUGCGAAUGUGUAUAGACUAUAGGGGUCUGAAUGCUAUCACAGUCAAGAAUGUUGAACCACUGCCCAAGAUAGACGAUCUCCUAGAUCGGGUGCAGGGUUGCAAGUAUUUCUCAAACAUAGAUUUGAAGUCCGGUUAUCAUCAAAUAGAAGUUAAUCCUGAUGACCAGUACAAGACUGUGUUCCGGACUAGAUAUGGGCAUUAUGAGUUCAUAGUGAUGCCCUUUGGACUAACCAAUGCGCCAAUGACAUUUCAGCGAUGUAUGAAUGAUCUGUUUAGUCCUUGGUUAGAUAGAUUCGUCGUAGUGUAUUUAGACGACAUCUUAGUCUUCAGUGGGACCCUCCAAGAGCACCAGGGUCAUUUGAGGCAGGUCUUGGAGAAGCUGAGAGAAGCUAACUUCAAGAUCAAUGCGAAGAAGUGCGAGUGGGCCAAGACACAAGUCUUGUACUUGGGCCACGUAUUAGACGGAGAUGGCAUUAAGCCUGAGGACAGUAAGAUAGUGGCGAUUAGAGAUUGGCCGACGCCCCGCACAUUGACUGAGUUGCGAUCGUUCUUUGAUCUGGCUAACUAUUAUAGGAAGUUCGUGAGGAACUUCUCCACUAUCGCCGCUCCCGUUCGCAGAUUGCUCAAGAAAGAGGCAAUCUGGCGGUGGGAUAAGGAUUGUACGUUUGCACUAAAGAAGUUAAAGCGCGCGUUGAUAGAGUACCCUGUCCUCAAAGUAGCAGAUCCGUCCUUGCCAUUUGUCGUCACCACGAACGCGAGUCAGUAUGGUAUAGGCGUCGUGUUACAGCAGGACGACGACAAUGGCUACAGACCCGUAAAGUUCAUGAGUUAGUUUGGGCUUAGACUUGUCAAUGAGAUCAUCAAGAGGUUGUCUUCGAUCUCUGGCAAAGUGCAGCCUGUAGGGUGUAAAACCUGUAUUGCUGUGAACAAAUGUAUUACACAUCA